AUGACCCAGCCUUUCCAUUGUCCCGACUUUAAUAUGUUGCUGGAGCACAACAACCGCGACAAUAUAACUGCGGGGAACAAUCCUGCCACUGUCUUAGAGAAUACGAUUGAUCCGUCACUCGAAUACAUUCCUAGGGGAUUACCCUUUGCAGGCUACGGAUCGCAGAACCGCCACAAUCAAGUCCCUGCCCCGCAAACGACUGACAAUCAUCGUCCAACUGCUCACGAGGCUUCACGCUCAAUGCCUGCCCCGCCGCCUGUUCGCAAUGUCCCACAGUCAGGUAAUCCCCGCAGCCAGUUCCUCUCGGGAAUUCCACUUCAUGAUUACAUGUUUCCGCAGGGCGGUCUUAUCAACGCCACGGUCGUCGAUAUCAUCGUGAUCUUUCCGCAGUGGUUCCGCAACCCAUAUAUUCUGGAACGCUUCCUGAACAAUGGCAUCACCGCAAACAUCCAGUUUGUCAUCUUGACGAAUACCGACACCUUGGCCUCACUUCAGAAACAGAUGAGGAAGUACUUGGAUUCCAAGUGGACCAAGCAGACUCACCGGGCACCAUAUGGCUGGAAUACGCAGACCAUGUCAAUCCACGACUUCAAGCCAGAGUCUAUGGUGUCCGGUGGUCCAUAUGAAGCUCCACCAUCUAUACCCUUCAAAGACCUAGCUAUCGGCCUCAAGAAGCUUCCCGUGGGGAGUGACGCGGGCGACUUGACACGCGCGCUGGAUUACGCCAUGCAAAACUAUAAGCUGGAUGAGCAUGGCCACCCGGUCGAUUUCGUCUUCCCAGACGACAUUCACCUCAUCUUGGACGCAAUCGGUCGUACAGUGGUUACUGCAGGUAACGCCGACGUAUCCAUCAUCAUUCGAUAUCACAACAUCAUUCGAGAACAUGAGGCGGUGCGACGUAAGAAGCUUGCGGAGGACCGUAGGCAGACGGCUGAUGAACGCAGACAACAGGAGUUGGCAGUAGAGGCUGCUAAUCAGUCCAUGAAUCAGGAUCAUGAACAUCAGAUUCCUACGCAGCAGUCAUCACUGUAUGGAUAUGGACAGAUGGACUGGCAAGUCCCGCAGCCUGCACCACAACACUACCAGUCAGACGGUGAGUAUGGCGGCAUGUCGUCUACUGGUAUGGGCUUCCAUCCACCACGCACAUACUCCCAAGAUGCAGCCGCAGCCGUCGCGUCAAGACUAACAUCUUACGGCACACCCCAGACCACCACCUCCCUCCCUCCCAUCCCCUCCAUCUGCGUCUUCUCGCCCUCCGAUGACGACACCUCACAACCUCCACCCCAGCAGUCUUGGCAGCCGCAGGACCCCGUAGCCGCCCAACAGCAAAUCGAAGAUUGGGUAGCUGCAAACAAGACGUUCGACCUAAACGGUGUGCCCCAGUGUUCUAUGCACCCCGCCAUGCUUCUCCGAGAGUGCGCAGACCGGUUUGCAGCGGAUGAUACGAGUGAUAUUGCGCGCGCGGCGAGGUGGGCGGUGGCGCUUGGAGAUUCGGACGUUUUGGAGUGGACGGUGGGCGAUGCGGAGAUGAUUGUUGGACUGUUGGAUGCGGCGGCGAACGGGUUUGAGGGAUUUAUUUGA